AUGUCUGUCUCUGUAAUGAGCCCUGCUGUUCCUGCCCCUAUUUCGUUCUAUACUAGUAUUCCUCCCCAUAUCACUGAAACCGACCAUGUACAACGCAGCUUAGUGCAGCUUCGCACCAAGUCUAAGGGCUUGGAACAGUACAUCUUCCUCAAUGGCCUCAAAGAACGAGAUCCUAGUUUGUUCUACCAAAUUUUGCUUUCGAACAUGAUGGAAAUUAUCCCCAUCCUAUACACUCCAACGGUCGGAGAUGCAUGCUCAUUCUAUUCUCAUAUCUGGCGUCAUCCAGAAGGACUGUAUAUUUCCAUUAAACAUAAAGGGCACAUUCGCCAAAUACUGAGGGCACAUCCUGCUGGAGCCAAGAUAUCUGUUGUCACAGAUGGCUCUCGUAUCCUCGGGCUUGGCGACCUUGGAGCAAACGGUCUGCCAAUUAGCAUUGGCAAAUUGGAUCUCUACGUUGCUGGUGCAGGUAUCCGGCCUUCCUCUACACUUCCUAUUUGCCUCGAUGUCGGAACCAACACCAAGAAAUUUAUUGAAGAUCCUCUCUACAUAGGCGUACGACAAACAAGACCCAUGGAUGAAUUCAUGGAGGAAUUCAUGUCCGCCAUGUCUGAGGUGUUCCCGGAGCUUGUCGUCCAGUUUGAGGAUUUUUCAACCGAAAACGCGUUCAAGUAUCUGGACCUCUUCAGAUCCCGAUACAGGGUCUUUAAUGACGAUGUGAGCGCAGUCGUUCUCUCAGGCUUUCUCAAUGCUGCUCGCAUUUCCUCCGCAGCUAGCGGUCUUCCUUUGUCCGAGCAUAGAAUCCUCUUUUUUGGCGCAGGUUCUUCAGGCAUUGGCGUGGCGAAGCAGCUCGUGUCAUUUUUCACCGAAUUGGGCCUGAGCGUAGAUGAAGCUAAAAAACAGAUCUAUACUGUCGACUCCAAAGGCCUGAUAACAGCUGACCGUGAAGGGCUUCAAGAACACAAGAAAUUUUUUGCUCGCACGGACUACCAAGGCCCUGCUUUGACCAGCCUGGUUGAUAUCGUCAAUCAUGUCAAACCAACCGCGUUAUUGGGUUUAAGCACGAUUGGCGGUGCAUUCACGGAAGAAGUCGUAAAAGCCAUGGCUGCCACGAAUAAUCGGCCAAUCAUUUUCCCUCUUUCGAACCCAGUAUCGAAAUGCGAACUUAGUUUUCAGGACGCUAUAAACUGGACCAAUGGUCGAGUUGUUUUCGCGUCUGGUAGUCCAUACAACCCUGUUAUCUACGAAGGAACUACGUAUGAAGCUGGACAGGGCAACAAUAUGUAUAUGUUCCCUGGGAUUGGUUUAGGUGUUAUUCUAUCGAAAGCCAAACACAUCACGGAUGCUAUGGUGGAAAAGGCUGCCAUUGCCUUGUCCUCCUCGCUCAAUGAAGAAGAGAAUAGUCGCGAAUUAGUUUACCCUAGGCUGGACCGGAUCCGGGAUAUCAGCGCCCAAGUCGCGCUUGUUGUAGCAAGAGAAGCGCAAAAAGAGGGCAUAGAUAACAACAUUGUCCUCCGUAGCUUGAACGACAACGAGGCGCUGAAACACAUCAAAGGUAAAAUGUGGUAA